UUUAUCAAGUUGCUCUUUUUUAAGGGUAAGGUGCUAUGUAAUGACAGCGCGGCUCACGGCGCGUGCCGUCAAACUGUGACUAUGGGCGUGGAUGGCGGCGGGAAUUGCUUGCGCGACAAGAUUUUAGUGCUAAACGAACUAAAGAAACACAACAACAAUAUACAGCUGGUAUCUGAGAGGACAGGGUUCGAUAAGGAGACCAUCAGGAAAUGGGCACAACAGAAGAACAAAGUGGCGGGUGCACCAAAUAAGGCUAAAAAGAGACGUGGAGGAGGGAGGUGGUCAUGGCCAUGGUGGAGGAGGAGGUGGUGGAGGAGGAGCAAGUGGAACCUCCGCAGCAGCACCACCACCACCAGCGGCACCACCAGCAGCACCAUCACCAAAACCACCAGCAAAACCCCCUAAACCCGUAUACAUAAUGACAGUAGAUGAGAAGCUGUGGGAGUGUUACAACAAAUACCGUGACGCGGGACACUACGUCACAUACGAGAGCCAGAGGUCUCCGGGACCACUGUUUCUAAGACGUCAUGCAUAUCAUACAAGUGUCGUGUACAUAUUGGAGUUCUCACCAUGAGACUUUGGUACAGUCCAGAGUGGUUAAAGAGUUGGCUGGAAAACUACAAGCUGGUUUCUCACAAAGAGAGCAGCUCUGAGAGCUCCUCCCCUGUAGGUAUAUCGGAUAGUGAAGAGCGGGAAGCAAGGAAGAAGAAGCUGGCAGCUAAGGAGGAGAAGAAGCAGGAGCGCCAGGCGCGCGGGGACGUCCUCAGCAGUGAGGAUUAUAUUUUCAGAGAGGAUGAAAUAGACGCGGUGAAUAUCCAACUCACAGAUGAACGGACCUCAAGAGCCGGAGUUUGUAAGCGGAUGUGAACACGAACAACCCACGUGACUCUGGGACUACCGAGAACCAUCAGACUGAUUGGGGUGACCAAGAAAACUACCAACUGGUAAGAAAGCUAGGUCGAGGAAAAUACAGUGAAGUAUUCGAGGGGGUCGAUAUUCGCACUCCUAACAAAAAAGUGGUCGUCAAGAUUCUAAAGCCAGUUAAAAGGAAGAAGAUAAAGCGAGAGAUAAAGAUUCUGGAGAAUUUACGGAAUGGUCCUAACAUCAUAACGCUACUUGAUGUGGUUAAAGACCCUGUAGCCCGUACCCCUGCCCUUAUAUUCGAAUAUGUUAACAACCGAGACUUCAAGCAAUUGUAUCAGACUCUAACGGACUAUGAUAUCAGAUAUUACAUGUAUGAACUGUUAAAGGCCCUCGAUUUUUGCCACAGUAUGGGCAUAAUGCACAGAGAUGUGAAGCCUCAUAACGUUAUGAUCGACCACGAGAAACGACAACUUCGACUGAUAGAUUGGGGUCUGGCCGAGUUUUAUCAUCCCGGACAACCGUAUAAUGUCAGGGUGGCCAGCCGUUACUUCAAAGGACCCGAAUUACUCAUAGAUUACCAGGAAUACGAUUAUUCAUUGGAUAUGUGGAGCUACGGGUGUAUGUUUGCCAGUAUGAUUUUCCGAAAAGAACCAUUCUUCCACGGUCACGACAAUUACGAUCAACUGGUGCGUAUUGGGAAAGUGCUAGGCACGGCUGAACUUUACGAGUAUGUCCAGAAAUAUAACGUUGAUCUUGAUCCACGCUACAACGAGCUGCUUGGAAGGCACUCUAAAAAGCGGUGGGAACGAUUUGUGUGUCAAGAUAAUCAACAUUUAGUGAGCCCCGAAGCGCUGGACUACUUAGAUAAAUUAUUAAGAUACGACCACAACGAUAGACUCACCGCCAAAGAAGCACAGUCCCACCCCUACUUCUAUCCCGUGAUUCAGGAACACAAGCGACAAGAAUCCAGUAAGCUAGACAGCACGGUCUGAGACGGACUCAAGUCUUAACCUGUAGAAAAUGGGCCUUCCUUCAUUCAGAUAGAACAUUAACAUUCUCUUAAUGAUUAACAGUUUUAUGGUUGUUGUUACGGGUACAGAGACGCACAUUAUAUUGACUCAAUGUUACAUGUGUGCAUUUAGUGUUUUCUCAGCAACAUUCCUGCCAGUGACAUUAUUAACUUCCCACCAACAUCUGAAAGUAAAAAAAUAAUAUUUUUUUUGUUCUGUGUUUUAGAAAGAAAAAAAAGUUUGCAAAUAUAAAAAGCACUGGUUGUAUGUUGCCUGCUCUAGGGUCAAGGUGUUUCUUUAGACUGUUGACUUGACUGGUCUGGGUGGAAAUUUAUGUUGCGCUAUAUUUGUAAUACAAAUAUAAUUGAUUUUUAUAAACCAGAAUAACGAA